AUGUCCACCCACUGCCACGACGAACACCAGCACUCACACGGCGGCCACGAUGGCCACGACCAUGUGCACGACCACUCGGACGACAUUACACCGGCCCUGCAGUACAGCCUCUACCAGCACAUAGAUUUUGACGGCAUCAACACCAUGAACGAGGCCGUCGAUGACUCGGGCCGCGCCAUUGUCAAGAAGACGUGGGCGGAGCGCACGCAGGAGCAACCUGAGCUCGAGAGCGAUGCCGAUGAGCAAAUUAUUAUGAGCGUACCAUUCACAGGCCAGGUAAAGCUACACUCUAUCCUCCUGCGCUCAUCGCCAUCAGCCUCGGCCCCUCGAACGCUCAAGGUCUUUGUGAACCGGCGGGAUCUGGACUUUGAGACGGCCUCGGAGCUGGCGCCGACGCAGGAAUUUGAGCUGUCACAGACCUCGGACGUGCAAGAGCUUCCGGUCCGGCGCGCCCUGUUUGGCAAAGUGCAGAGCCUGACGUUGUUCUUUGAGGACAACUUUGGCAAUGAUGACGACGACGACGAGGUUACUCGUCUCAGUUACCUGGGCUUCAAGGGCGAGUGGAUGCAGCUUGGCCGCGCCCCCAUCAACAUUACCUAUGAGGCUGCGCCCAACCCUAGUGAUCACCGCAUCAAGGGUACCAAUGUCAAUGCCAUGGGAAGUGGCAUUGGUGGAAGAGGGCCGGGAGUGUAG